CACAAAAUUACUUUAAUUCUUGAAGGGCUGGGUUACUGGUGGAAUUCAGUUUUGCGUUAGAUAAAAGGCAAGUGAAGCUUGUAAAUCAUGAGAGGAGAUGGAAAGGCUUUCUCGGGUGCCAUAUCUUAAAUAGUGCAGCGUCCUUUCUGUGUGGUCUGCGUGGUGUUGGCCUGAGCUCACCUGGAUAUAAAACCGCGUAUUGAAUGACAAAAUGCUCCAAUUUGUUAACCUGUGAAUGUAAUUUCUGUGUAACAAGUUUUGAAGUUCGAGAAAUUGCGAAUAUGUGCAUGAGCUAAGUGUCUGCUGGUAUUUACAAUUUCGUUCUAGUAAAUAACAAGUGAGAUAGUAACCUCACAUUUGAGACGUGCUGUAGCCGUGAGACGGAACUUGACGCCGAGGCGCACAGAGUGAGGAGAUCAGGUUAGAAACAUGGAUCGCAACAGAACAUCUCUAAAUCGCAUUCCGCUUACUGAAAUCUAACCCGGGGACAUCAGGAUGUGUGACAUAAUCCCCAAGACAUCUGAAAACCGCGCUCCUCCAAACACGGCUCCAGGGGUGGUUUGGAGAGAUAUGUGGACCACUGUUUGCUCUUGCAGGGAUCUAUAAAAGAGGGGCGGACACCAACUGCCCCCAAACGUCAGAGCGCACUUAACUAUAAAUCUCUCCAAACUGCUCUCUGCGCCCGGCGCGUUGUUAUGCGCAAACAUCUGUCGUGCCUCAGUCCAAUAUGAAGACAAUGCGUGUGGACACCCUUCGAGGUUCAUAGACACCAGCUGACCUGGAGAAUAUGGAGAAUAAAUAUCGCCGGGCUUCUUGUUUACAUUGACGAGAUUUGUAUAAAAUGUUGGCGAUUGUGACAUUUUAACGCAGUUUCUGGAUAUGAGAGGUUCUUGACUGUUAUAUCAAAAGUCGGACUACACGAUCGGGCACUCUGGCAAACAUAUUGCGCACUUUUUAGCGCCGUGUUCGUGUGCUGGAGACACUGAUGUCUUCAUUGGACUCCUUUCAGUUGGAGAUGGUGGCCCUCUCUCGGAUUUCCAACGUGGAAACGUAGCAUCCAAUUAAUCAGCGGCAGCAACUGUACCCCCAAGGCGCAGUGGCACUUGGUCCGCUCUGUUCAGCACCUACCUUUGGACUCUGAAGUGUGAAAAGGCGCGUGGAUGGUCGGUGUGCUGAGUCCGAAUAUGAAAAACAUAGCUGGUGCGUUACUGCAGCCUUUUUUCUCCCGCUUGGACACAAACUGAAAUUGAACUCGCUUGAAGGAAAUUUUCGUGCUGGGGUUGUUGAAAUGAUUCACGCAGCGGAAUCAGCUGGGGACAUCAAAUGAGUGGCGUUUUCUGUUUGGAUUUUUACCACUAAAAGCCGAGCUAGUUUCAGGUCUGCAUGGGCCAUAUUUAAGCUUUCUUCAUAGGAACUGAGUCUAAGAUGAAGUUAUGGGAUGUUUUGGCCAUGUGUUUGUUGCUCCUGAGCUCUGUUGCUACAAGGCCUCUCUACCAAAACACUCAGCCAGCCAAGAGGACUUAUUUCCCCAGCAGCUAUAGUGAUUCUGUGCCCUUGCCUUCUUUGGAGGACGAAGCGCCAUCGUUUGAGCGUGAAGACCACCGACUGCAGGAGAUCUCAAAGGAGAAUCAGUAUGACAUUGGAGGUCCCUAUCCAGAUCAGUUUGAUGACGUAAUGGAUUUUAUUGAGGCUACCAUUGGCAGACUGCGGAGAUCUUCGGAAACCAGCGGCGGUUCCAGGGGAAAGAAGGAGCAGAGAAAGAGAGGAGCGGCAAACACAGGAGGCGCGAGAGAGGAGGGGAGAGGACACGGCGACAGGAGGCGUAAUAGGGGCCGAGGGGGGAGUAGAAAUGGCAAAAGAGGACGAGGUGAGAAAGGGAAGGAGAAAGAGAGUAUAUCUGUGCAGACGCGGGGGUGCUUGCUAAAGGAAGUCCACCUCAAUGUGACGGAUUUGGGGCUGGGCUACCAGACUAAAGAGGAGCUGAUCUUCCGGUACUGUAGCGGCCCCUGUAUUGAGGCAGAGACCAACUACGACAAGAUCCUGAACAACCUCACGCACAACAAAAAGCUGGACAAGGAUACACCCUCUCGCACCUGCUGCCGGCCGAUCGCGUUUGACGACGACCUGUCUUUUCUGGACGACAAUGUGGUGUAUCACACGCUGAAGAAGCAUUCUGCCCGGAAGUGUGGGUGUGUUUAAAGAAGUCACAUGAGCGGCACGUAGCAGACUAAGGAUAUCCUUUACAAGCUCACGCUGGAGAGGGACAUGUGUACACAAGGUCAAAUUGGGAGUGUUUGUCUCCUUUUUGUUGUUGUUGUUUUUGUCAGUAGUCAUCAGAGGAGGAGCAGGUAGGCGUACUGAGACCGCCUGAAAGACACUGGAACAGCAGCUUGAAAGGAAACUGUGCGUUCAUCCCAUACUCGACUGUUCAAACACGUGCAAAACAAAAUGUAUCAGGUGUGCACCAGUUUGCAGAAGAUUAAAUACUGUUACACUUUCAGAUUUGCCAACUGUGCUAUCUAAAAAGGGUGAGAGUAGAAGAAACAUCAGUUGUUUUGUUUUUUCCACAGCUGGCUCUUUAGACUGUAGAUGAAUCCAGAGAUUUGACGAGCUUCAGUUGCAAUCGAAACACUUCCAGCCUGGAUGUUGGCAUUUACAUUCAGAGCCAAGGAACCCCAUCGGAGUUAAGCAAAGACUUUUUUUCUUCUUUUUUUGUGCAACACAUCUACAUAAAACCCAACCUAUAUGCAUACAUAUAGUAUAUACGUGUGUCAGAGGUAUAUUUAUUAAGAUGGAAUUAACUUAUUGUUAUUUAUUUCAAUCCAUUUUAUUAAAAAAUGUCUUUUUUUUUAUUUAUUUAAAGCUUUGUUUGUCCUGGAUAAUGCCAAAGUAGAGCAUUUUCUCAAGUAAAACCAUGCAAGCUGACUCAGACCUGUUAAAACACUCCCACGAUCCCAAAGCUUAUUUAUGUCACUUAGAUUCCAGGCUUUCUCAAGCAGAUCCAAAUGAUCAUUGUUAGCCGUUAAGGAAAGAUGGAGAAGCAGAGGAGGGGACCAAUAGAAGAUUUCUUUUUUUUUAAAUAGAGCUGAUCUGUUGUUGCAUUUUGAGUAGUUCACCUCGUUAUCGCUAAUGUGACCACACUAAGACAGGGAGAAAACGUCACCCGGGUACAGCCUCCCAUUCAAAGCAUCCUUUAAGAACACUAUGUUUACGCGGAAGCAAAUAAUUCUUUGCUGCUGUUUGUUUAUAAAGUGUGUGUGUGUUGUUUUUUUAAAAUCAACAAUCCAGGACAGACUCGGCGUCACUCCAGCCAUAAGCCAUAACGACUUUUAAUUUCAAUCUGCAGUCGACACGAGAGCGGUGUGGUCUCGCGAGGAUCUGCAGGUGCCUUUGACGAUCCAUCCUUUGAGUCACACAGUACAGAAGCUGCUAUUUCUGCCUGUCAGCACGCGUUACCUGAAACCUCGCCCUGGCCUCGCACCAAAUCUGAGCAAAAGGCUUUGCAGCGAUAACCGUCCCAGUAGGCUUUAAAGUUCACGGGGCUGGCCGUGUUUCUGUCUGAGCUGUGACAGACAGGUCUUUUAUUUUUUUUUAUCCUCAAAGGGGAUUUGAAAGUGAUCCUCUAACAUGAGUCUUAACCAAAUAUCCCCACCGGCAAAGGCAGUUUAAGGAAGAUCUAGCUGCUGUAGUGGAUGUCAUCACACAACUGAUAUGAAUAUCUCAAAGGACUCAACAAAGGAGUAUGUUUUGGAAUUACUGAGCAAAUGAUUGGUAGGCUCAGUGGGCUUUUCGGUGUAAUAACCCGUCCAGCCACCUGUCCCCAAAGUUUAGGAAGAAAUAUACAUUAAGGAAAGGAGACUCUUUAAAAAGCGCGUUUGUGUGCCCUGUUAAGGGGGUAGUUUUAAGUGGAACAAAGAGAGCCCUCGAGUAGGUCUUGAUGUUAACACGGAUUAGGGACCAAGGUAUCUGUGCCCACCCAUCAGCAAGCAGGCCAGCUUUACUGUGUAAUCCCCCCACACAGAACAAAUCCAAUGCAUCAAGCUGAAUUUAGGCCAAAUACUACACAGACAGGGAAAAAAAGUCUAGCUUUUAUCACAGCAUACCUCAUCAGUUGGAUCAUCUUCCCCUUUAACAACUGAUUCGUGCAUAAGCCUUCCCAGAUGGGAAUGUGGAGGCUUCCCAGAAGCCUCCAGAGCACCUCGCUACUCUUCCACACCAUACAUUAAAGAGUGUGAACUGCAGCACUCGUCUCAUCGGUGAUUAGUACCCCGGUUUUGAUGCAAAAGUGUAAAGAUGCGAAGGAAUCCUCAGUGUUAAUUUUAGAAGAAAAGGACUACAUUUGUUAUCACUCCGCUAUCACCUCUGUGGAAAAGAAAAAACAAACUGUCAUGUCGUCUCACUUGUUGUGUGUUACAGAACCAAAGCUCUGGGCAAACUUUAUUUUUGUACAAUAUUCAUUUUAUAACUUUUUACAGAAUUAAACUUGUUUCUAUUAAAUGAAAAUGUCUCCUGGUAUUGUGCCAUGUACGACAAUGAUCCACCGGUGCCAGAUGGUUCUCAUUUGCAGGGUAAUGUUUACACAGGCAUCAAGCAAAAUUGAGGGUGAAAAAUUUGGGUUAAAUGGGGAGAAAUGCGAGGAUGGUUUGAGAGAUGGCCUCCGCAGUGUGGCAUCCCCCUUCUGCUCUGAAUUCUUGAACGGGAGCCCGGGAGUCGUACAGUAAACAAAAGCCAGCAGAAAAGUGCCACCGACUGUAUAUCAAGCUGCUCGAGUCUGUUUCCACUGUGCAGAGAAGAUAUGUAAAUGGCGAUGAGAAGGUGGCAGAGGUACAGAUAGUGAGUCAUGACACAGACGCAAGGAGUGCACGCGAUGUAUACCUGAUGGCACCUUCUAAUCCCUUUACUCGGCCUGGUUACUGUGAACCUAAAUGGACAACUGGUUAGUUGCUGUUUAACAAACCUGAAGGUCACCUCUUUACCUCUAAGUGCAGAAAAGAGGUUGUCUUCAGUCUCAUUGCUUGAGCAGAAAGAUGCUCCAAUGAAAACGAGGUCUGUGAAAUAUUUGCAUUGACCAGGAAUAUAAAUAGAGAUUCAUCCCCCCAGAUAUUCACUAAUGGUACUGUAAUUAAAAAAAAAUGUUUGAAUUUGAGAGUGAGCUUAGUCUUUUAUAGGCCUAUAAAAGGUUCUACCUUUAGGCCUACACAGAGCUUCUCCUUUUCGCGUGCCAGACGCUUUUUCACACAGUGACGGACUGAUCAACCGUCCCACUUGAAUCAAACUGCAAUCACUCCCCACCUCCCGCUGCUGACUGAGGACUCUGCUACUGAAGAGCUUGACGUCAGCCUCUUCCCACGAAGCCAGUAUCCUCUCUAGAUGCUUUUAAAUACAUCACUCACUGUUUCAGUCCAUCCAUGUUUCUUCUUCUGGUUCUUCAGUUUCAUUUCAUGGCCACAGGAUGCUUGCCAGGACACACAGAGACAUUUUAUUUGUCUUCUUAUAAUUUUAGUUAGGACACAUUGCUCUACAUAUAUAGCCCUUUCUAAGCCACUUGGUAAAAAGAUGAACCAAAAGCCAGAUCUGGAUAAAAAAAGGUGUAGUAUUAGUUUACAGUUUUUGACAUUCACUCAUUCAUUUUAUUAUCCAAUUCAGGGUCUUAGAGGUCGGGGCUUAAGUCUGUCCCAGCUGCCAUAGGUCGCGAGGCGGGGCACACCGUGGACAGGUCACGUAUUGCGGGGCUCCUGUUUGUCAUUAUGCAGGCUAAUCUUGUUACAAACUAGAUACAUUUGAAAGCCAGUGCGUUGUAGGCAGGCGAUGCAUUCCAGAGAGAUGCACAGUACACAGAACACAAACGUGGCUUUCAUUAACUCUGUAUGUUGUGGUUUUUCUCUGUCAGUUGAAGGAUUUUAGACACUACCCAGGUCAAUCAAAGGAUUGCUAAAGAAAAGAAAAAGGUAUGAAUGCACAGGGAAACAGGACCUCUGUGAAACACAAUGAAAUUAAGGAAUCCGACUGUGGAAGUUCAUCAUUCAGCUUGAGAACAGCUGUUUGAGAAAGACUCAGCUCAGCGCUGGAAAUGAAAUGUGUACGUGGGAUGCAUACCGAGUAAACUUCCAUAUACUGCGUUUAACAUGUGGUUGGAUACUGCUGAAAUUUACCUUUUCAACAUAACGAUGGUUUUACAUAAUAAACAUUGCUGUACUUGCAAUUAUGUUUUUUGUAAGAAACCAGUGAAAACAGGUUUGGGGUUUU